AUGAAAAGGCUGCUCUUUUUUCUCUGUUUCUUUAUUGGAACUCUGGCUGUGAUCCGGGAAAGACGCGAACAAGGUCUCGGAACUGCAGUUGAAGCUGAGUCAGAACGCACUUCUGAGACUACCGAUGAUAGCCAAGUCCAAGAACAAGGGACCAUGUUAGGCGAGAAGUUCCUGCAACUUUCGAAUGACGUUUUGGCCCUCAAAAGGGAAUUCGCGUCACUUCAAGCCGAUGUGAGGGGGUGGAAUACGGUUCAAAGGGGGAGAAGGGCGACCGUGAAGGAAACUGUGGUCCAAAAGGCGAACCUUGUGACUGUAACCAAGUUAGAAGGCGGACACUCGUCAGCACGACCGUAUCUCCAUGAUGAGGCUUCUCCUUUCUACUGGCUGUACUAUAAA